CGUGCCAGUAGUCGGCGCGCCGCGAUCUGCAUACCUGUUCGUACCUCUACAGUAGUGCGGCCACGUGUAUUGCUGUUCGGCAAGCCGCGUUCCGCUCACUCGACCGUGAGGCCAGUUGGCGGGCGCCUAAAGCGCCUGGUUUGUGCGUCGAGCGGUGCCGCUCGGACCCCAUCUUUGAGCCGGUUACCUCACGACAACGCGUACCGGCGUGCCGCUGGCGUACUACGCGACGGUGGAGGUGUGUGGCAGUUCGAUGGAUCCAGCCCAGCGACCUCUACGUGACGAUUGAGGACUGCUCUUCCCCUUCGGUCGAGCCUCCAGUCCCUGCCACCGUGCACUGGCGCCAGCGAGCUGCAUUUACAUCCCGCACGCGCGAUCGGCAGUCGAGUUACAACCCGCAGCUGUGCUGCGUGCGCGCGCACUCGAACGUGGUUCGGCGAUCUCUCGGCGACCACUCGUCGACUCGCGCUCAGACGCGAGGCGGGCGUAUUCGCCGUGCCACGCCAUGCGUGAUCAUCGCUGGGGGCAGCGGCGUGGACGCGCGAUUAUGGUGGGCGCUCCCGAGGGGGCGAAACCGCGUGUUCAAGGGAAACCAGGCGAAUUGCGCCCCCAAAAUGGUCCUGAGCGGCUCCCACGACCUCCCCAACACCCGAGGCGCACGACACGACCGCUCGUUCGAACAUUAG